UGUGCUGAAUGAAUCUCUGACCACCACUGCUUCUGUGGUCAGUUCUGUUGUAGGCACAAAGCCACUAGAGAAGAUCAUGACUAGAAACAGCUGUGAAGUGCUUCGACCAUACAGGCAGAAAUAAACUCAGCGUCAGGUCUGAAGAGGGAACUAGAGGAUAAAAAGAUGUCUUCUCAUUUAUCAUUACAGCCAACAUGUAGACGUCACAUUAUCUGACUCAAGCCACAAACUAGGUAACUGGAUUGCCAGGUUUAAGGUUUCAGGUCACAUCAGGGAAUAGUUUUACCAGCAGAUGUAAAGAUUCUCCCUUUGGAGUGGGUAGCAUUCAAGGUCAAAGUCAGCAAAUCCUAGCCUAAAAAUAGAUUCUAGUUUCAAAGUUGGUAAGAUUUCCUUUGUCGUCCUGCCACACUUCAUAGAUCCAAGCUACCUACAGCACCUGUCUAAACCUACAGUUACUUUCACAUUUCAGACUAAAAUAAGCACCUUGGAACAAGAUGUCGUCGGCGGGUUUGAACACCAGGAAGAAGAGUGCCUACGUGGCAGUCAAAGUUGACCCUGAUGGGGAUUAUUAUACCCCAGGUGCAUUUGAACUGGAGAGACUCUUCUGGCAUGGCAGCCCAAAGUAUACUCAUGUCAAUGAAGUCUGGCCCAAUCUCUACAUAGGAGAUGAGAAAACUGCCUUAGAUCGCUAUAGCCUUGAGAAAGCUGGCUUCACCCACAUCCUCAACGCAGCCCAUGGGCGAUGGAACGUGGACACUGGACCAGAGUACUACAGAGACAUGGCCAUCGAGUACCAUGGGGUAGAAGCAGAUGAUCUCCCCAGCUUCAAUCUCAGCCCAUUCUUCUAUUCAGCUGCUGAAUUCAUCAAUAAUGCACUCCAGGAUGAGACAAAUAAGAUUUUGGUUCAUUGUGCGAUGGGCCGCAGCCGAUCAGCUGCCUUGGUCCUGGCUUACCUGAUGAUCUAUAAGAACAUGACUGUCGUCAAUGCCAUAGAGCAAGUGGUGAAACACCGAUGUGUCCUCCCGAAUCGUGGCUUCCUGAAACAGCUGAGAGAAUUGGACAUAGCACUGGCUUUGGAAAGGACAAACUCUAAGAACAUCUCCCAGUCCAAUGGGGAGAAGAACAGCCCAGAGAUCUAGCAUUCUAGGUCAUCUUUACCUGAAAAAUAGACUUAGUAAAAGAAAAAAAACAGUGUUGGUAAAUAAUACUUUCCAGAGAACUGUUACCUGUAAAGCAGAAAUAGCAGUUAAAAUGCCCUAAAGAAAACCUCAAUUCGGAAAUAGAUAAAUGGAGAAGGGAAGCAGUGUCAAAGUAGUUUUGCUAUGUAACCUCUCUGUGUGUUUGUUUGUCUGCCUCUCUCCUCCUGCUCCUCCUCUUCCCUGCCCCCAAGACACACACACACACACACACACACGCUCCCUAUGCUUUAAUGCUUUUCUUUAGGACUGUUCUACAAAGGGGAGAAAGGGAGGAGCUUAUGCUGAAGUUAUUGGUUCCAGAAGAAUUACAGGAUAAACGGAUGGAAUAGUAUGCAAGAGCAUGAACUAUGUUUCAGACCAAACUGCUGCUGAUGCCUUAUUAUAAUAACUGUUAUAGAGGGUUUGUUGUUGUAAAGCAAGAUGUGAAGAGAUAGUCCAUUUCAUGGCAAAUGAUUGUAUAUCUACUGCAUUUGCUUAACAGUAUGCAGCAACCCUGCCAUGGUACAACACAUAUUUAUCAAAUGCUCUGUAUGGCAUUAACCCAAAAAGGGAGCAUAAGCCCAGCUUUGCCUGCAUUGCCUCAAGUUAGGAUAACCCUACUGCAUCAUCACUCACCCCAUAACAUUAGCUACUAAUUGAGUGUGCUUUGUGAGCAAAGGUUGUAGGAUCUGGAGGCAGGGCUAAGGGCCUUGUUACACAGUAAGUUUAGGCAGCUUCUGGAGCUCUUAACCCCUGAACUGGCUGCAUGUUAAUAUCUUUAAGUGACUUAAAGCACUUGUUAUUCAGUUUAAAGUUACACCACUCCAAGUCAGGGUUAUUUCUAAUCCACCUAAUUUGGCUCCUGUUCCAUUAAGGAGUGGCUAUAACUCCCUAUAACUAUUUAGCUCAAAUUGAAGUCCUCCAGCAUCCAAGGAUGCAGUGGCCCCUCCUGAGUCAGGGUGCAGCAGGGCUAGGCAUGGCACCUUGCCCCGCAGGGACGUUGGGCAGAGUGAACACCACAGACCUGGAGUGCCCAGCUGUGGCAGUGCAUCCUGCUACUGCCCAGACCAGCUCACUGCUCACACUGGUGGCACUCCAGGGCAGAAAAACUCCUGAGAAAAAAAGGAUCAGGCCCCUUAGAGCUCAGGCAGUGUGGCCAGCCAGCAGCUUACCCCCUCCAUGCUGCCACCAGAUGGGUUGCUGGCUGGCCGAUUGGGCACUGCCUAAGCUCCAAGGGUCUUGAAGCUUUUCGUAGCUCAGGUAGCACCUGGCCACCUGGCCAGCAACCUGGGCAGGGGUGGUGGGCUCCAGAGAAUAAAAGGAUUGGGCCCCUUGAAGUUUAAGCAACGAGCCAUUCUGGGUGGUGAUGGGCAGCAGUCAGGCACUCUGGAGCUGUGGUGCUUGCUCUGUCCAGCAGGGGCAGUGAGUUGGUUCUGCCCCUAGCUCAGUCCUGCCCCUGGUCACCAAGCCUCUAGUGGCAAGUUGCAGCUGUGCAGAUGAACAGUCAGAGAUGGUUUUUCGCCUCAAGGUGUGACUGCUCCACUAAGUCAAACAAUACUAGGCCAAUUAACAUUUGUUUGGCUUACAGCAUAAGGUGUAACAAGGCCCUAAGAAAUAUUAAACAGGAUUUAAAGAACUAAACUGAAGGUUGUAAGGCAAUACUUAAGGCAAUGGUCCCAGCCGCUGGCUUGUGGGACUGCCUGUGAGAUGUUCUGAUAUUGCUCGCUGCCCCCAAAAGUUAGAGAGUUCAAACUGAACUCUUUCAGUUUUGCUGAAACUGCGAAACACCAGUGGUGGGAAACAUUAAUGGGAUGGAGCCCCAUAGCCACUGGAGUUUUGAAUAUUGCACUCCACCCAAUUGUCUAGAUCAUGAUUGCUCAGGCAUGUAUGGGAUUGUUGAGUGUAGCUUGAGAAAGGAAGUUGGAUAUGUGUAUAGUAUGAUUGAAAGAGCACGUCCAAAAAUGCAAAUGACUGAGUUGUUGUAUAGUGAGUUUGUGAAACUGAAUCAGAAUACGUAUGAGGAUAUGAGUGGAGAGACUGAGAGUAUGUAUGAUAAUGUUUAAGCGAAGUAAUUGGAUGAAUAAAUUUGUGUUUUCCAAGUUUAGAUUGACAUUGUUAUACGCUUGUUAAACAAGCAGAUUGACACCAGGCCAAGGUCUUGAAAAGUUCCCAUCCGAAGGAUAACAUGAGGUUGUUUGAGGAGUAUUAGACGGGUGUUUUGAACUGUGACUGAGGGUGAUUCAGGGACAGUGAGGGUUAAUGAGGGAGGUGAUGAAGCGGAGUUGUCAGUGUGCCGUGGAGAUAUUUUGCUCCAGACUCUGGUGUUCUGUGGGGCUCCCGUCCUUCAAUUUUUUUGUCUAAUACAAGUCUCACAGAAGUAGAAAGGGUUGGGUCCCUGGCCUUCUUUCCUUUGGGGUGUGCUUUGCACAUAACAUAGCCCUCUGCCUCUUCAUAGUAACUAUUACCCCAUCCCACCUUCUCCAUUUUUUUCUAUCCUUCAUUGGUUUUGGUGGUGGGGCACCCCUUUCCUAAAGGAGUGGAAGAUAAGCCACUAGUUGCAACGGCUCAGGUGUUGAGAGGAUAGAGACCGGAGUCAGUGACCAGUGGCCGGAGUAUAAUAAACUUCUCCCUAUUUAAUAAAAUCUUGCCCUCCCCACCCCCAGCCUGUGUCUGAAUUAUACUGUAGUGAUAAGAACUGUUAGAUUAGAUAGAAGUCAUUUAAUUAAUUAGAUAUAGAUAGAAUUUAGUUGUAGUUAAUAUUAAUCCUUAUAGUAGUGUUGUUUGAACUGUUAAACUUACCUGUGGUGUCUGUUAUAUGUGUAAUUUCUAUAAUAAACUGUUUAUUCUUUUCAGUUUAUAACUUGUGUGAGCGUGCUAAUUAAUCACAGCCCACUAAUUGCUGGGUUAACUAGGCGGCGACUAGACACACCCUGAUUAACCUGUUAACUGACCCAGGGUCAAAAACCACCCCUCGUUGACCUCGAUUUAAUUAGUCCUAAUUAAGUCCAGGGUCAACAGACCAUGCAACAGAACCUGAUUGGAGAAGUAUAGCCGAGAAUGCUAAUGCUACUUGUCACACACAAAAUGACCUAAUGCUUUGCAAACUUCUUGUUAUGAAACCGUGAGUAGAAACGAAAGCCAUGUUAUGUUUUCAUAGCUGUGGAAAAUAUAAUAAUAUAGAGACUAUAAAUUUUGUAUAACUGUGUUCUAUAGACCAUUAAGCUACACAAGCUCUCCCAGU